GCCUCUGCGCGUUAUAUUGGUCGCAUGUGCCAAUGAAAACAAUAAAUUCAAAAUUGCGAAUAAAUACAUUAUUAUGAAGAGAUGACUGCAUUGCUAGGUGAAGUAAUUUGUCGCGUUUGCCUGAAGCAGGAUGAGCUGAUGGUGGACAUCUACGAGCACGUGGAAGAACAGCAAACGGAUCUGUGCACCCUACUAGAGCGCUGUGGCGACAUUAAAGUUGAUAAGCGGGAUGCAUAUCCAAAGUAUUUGUGUCAAGAGUGCACAAAAGAGCUGCUGAUCUCGGCCAAGUUUCGGGAGAAAUGUGCAGCCACGGAGCAGGCGCUUAAACAGAGAACGCUGGAACGUUUAGAGGACGAAGCGCUACCUUCUGCUAUUAACGUCUUGGCUGGCGAGGAUCUGGUGGUGGACGAUUAUGAGGAGGACACAAUGAAUGCGGAUGACAUCAUUACAUUCGAUCCCAGCGAGCAUGUGGAAUUAUACGAAGAAUGCGAGACGGAAGUGCCAGAUGAAAAAGUAGCGACAACUUUAGAAAACGCACCUGAAGGUCUUCCAUCCAAUGCCCAUUACAACUGUGAUGAUUGCGGCGCUGUUUUCCAGCAGGCAGCCACGCUGCAACGGCACAUUGGCAAGGCACAUCCCGCAGCAGACGUCCACGAUUGUUCUCAAUGUGGUCAUAUCUUUACUCAGAAAAGCAAUUUGGAAGCGCACAGUUGCACCGGAUCGGAUGUGCCCGUCGAGCGUAUGCGAGCGCAGCGGGCGCACCAUCGUUGCGUCCACUGCGGCAAGUGGCUGCAAUCUGUCUCGAGUCUGGUCAUGCAUCUUCGCCUGCACAAUGGCGAGAGGCCAUUUGUCUGUGACGUUUGCCCAAAGACUUUCAAAACUAAUGGCGCACUUGUAGCCCACCAGAAAAGACACCUUAAGCUGGUGGAGUUUGAGUGCCCAUACUGUGGCAAGGGUUUUGUGGAGUCAAGCAAUCUGCGUCGACACGUUGCCUCGUUGCAUACGUCGGAACGGCCACACACUUGCACCAUCUGCCAGCGAACCUUCUCCCGCGUCUAUUUGCUUGAGAUGCACAAGCGCACCCACACGGGCGAGCGGCCAUAUGCAUGUUCCCUCUGCGAUCGCAGCUUUGCCCAGUUGAGCGUGCUGCGCACUCAUGAGCGCAUCCAUACUGGCGAGCGGCGACAACGUUGCGACCUCUGCCAGAAGACCUUCAGCCGCAUGAUCCAGCUAAAGAAGCAUCAACUUAAGUCCUGCCUACGUGCGGCCACACAAGCAACCGAAGAAGUGGUGUCGUAGCUACUAGCAUUAUAACGUGUCUGAAAUGACUAGGCCAGAAGGCAUCAGAAGUUGGAUCAUUAAGGUCCUCGAGUCUUGGAGAUAAAUAAGGCUAGGUUAAAUAUACUAGAGUGUGUUGUAAACUUUGCUAACAAAGUUUUUUGAACGUCUUGCCCGUGCAUAUCGGGAAACACAAUUGUGAAUGGUCAAUAGCAUACGUUUUUCAGAAAGGAUAUUUUAUUUCAAGGCUGAGUACUACCAUUUGGUAAACUUCAGUUUUUUUUUUUUCGGACCAAUAGAUCAUAUCUACAUUAAACUUCCAUAUUUUCAUCGUCCUUCUAUGGAAAAGUUUUUUAAGGAUUCCCUAUACUAACCAAUAUAUGCGAAAAGCCUAUUGCGGACUAUCUUAUCAAUCCGUUUAGGUACAGCAACAUUGUAAAGUGCAUGUUUAAUAAGCUCGUAAAUGCUGACUGGUGUUGCUCAAUAUAGCUUAUGUAAUUUCCACAACGACUAUCGUUCGGAGUUGAGUUCUUGUAUGGAAAACAUUUCUUGGAAUACCUUAAAUAGAACCAGCAACAUUUGCGAGAAGCCUACAUAAUGUGUUCGCCAAAUUAGCUCAUAAAAGUAUUUUCUCUCAAAGAUAGAUUCUCCGACUGGGACUUGAAAAACAAAUACAUUGAGUGUAUUUUUGACUUUUUAUUGCAUGCACAUAAGUUAAGGUAUGCUCUCUUUUUCGUAAUUGGUUUACAUUUGCUUCUGUUAUUUGUAUACUCUUGUUAGUCUAAAAGUUACAACAGAUUACAUAAUUACACAAAUGCUUGUUAUGUGCCAUACAAUUGGCCACAUUAGUAAGUAUUUUUAUAUGUGAACUUUGUAUACAUAUAUAUAUAUAUAGAUGAUUUGCAAUUUCAAAAUUACAUAAAUAACAUGCACAAGAUUUGGGGGCACAAAUUCUUUGAUUUGAAAAAUGUCAAAUUUGGUACAUAAAUACAUAUUGUUAAUGAUUUGAGGGGU